AUGAGGUAAUAACAAAGAUGGCGGCGCUCGGCACAGCGCGUUGCUUAUUUCAGAGCUUUUAUCGGGUUAAAGAUGUACAGAGGAUCAAGAAAACAUUGCUCAGAUGCAGCGCGAGAACGUUUUGUGAUGAAACAAGUGAAAAUGCACCAAGAGCUGGUGCAAAGCCCCGGUUCACAGAUGCAGCUGUGCAGGACGUCCUCAGCAGGAUAACUGGACUGGACCUGCAGAAAGUCUUCAGACCCAUUAAACAAGAACUGAAACCGCCCACCUAUAAACUUAUGACGGAUGAACAGCUGGAACAGGCUAUUCAGGUUGCCACAGAAGAAGCAAAGAAGCAGCUACAGAUGCCCCCCGUACUUCCAGAGAGGAAGCCCAUCAACGACGUCCUGGCUGUGGAUAAGAUCCUGGAUGGCAUGGACACAGCCAAAUAUGUUUUCACUGACAUCACCUACAACAUCCCACACAGGGAGAGGUUCAUAGUUGUACGAGAGCCUGAUGGGACUCUUAGGAAGGCGACUUGGGAGGAGAGAGAUCGUUUUGUUCAGGUUUAUUUCCCCAAGCAGGGCCGGAAGCUGACGCCACAUGUCCUCUUCAAAGAAGAGAACCUGAAGACUGUGUUCUCCCAGGACCGUCAUGAGGAUGUGUUGAACCUGUGUCUGGUCCAGUUUGAGCCAGAUUCUGCAGAUUACAUAAGAGUGCAUGAAGCCACAUAUGAGGACCUGGAAAAAACCGGCAAAUACAAUCUUCUGCGAUCCACCAGGCACUUUGGAGGCCUGGCUUGGUACCUGGUCAACGCUCGCAGAGUGGACGGACUUAUAGUGGACAUGCUGAGGAGAGACAUGCUACAAGAUGCCAUCAGCCUUGUGUCUCUGUUCUAUAUGGUCCAUCCACACAGUGAAUCGGCUCAGGAAGCUGUCGGCCAACAGGCCACUGGUACUGACCUACUGAAGAUCUAUUCUCUAAAGGAGUCUCAGAGGUCGGGCUACAUCGAUCUGGCUCUGCAGGCCUACGAAGAGAAAGCCGCUGAAGGCUCGGCUUCCUAACGUCCCUACAUCCUAGUAACAACCUGAACUUUUACUUCAGAAGUAAAAUGUUACAAAAAGCCAGAGCUGAAGUUAUGUUCCACAUGAAACAUGACUGCUACUGUUCUUUGCCUCCCUGGGUCCAUCUUCACUGAAAGGAAAGCUUCGAUCUAAGGACUCAACUCCAAAACUUUGUUAUAUUUGCAGAGACUUUGUUCAUAUAUGUAUUUCAUUUUAAUCACUGGAAUUAAAAUGAGCAACAUACGAUUAAUAUUAUGUUAUGGUAACCUCAAGCUAUCCUGAAAAAUAAAGAGAAA